CCCGCGCAGCGCCGAGCGCCCGGCCGCGGCCGCGGGCGCGCCGACCGAGUAAACCCGGAGCGCCGCAGCCGGAGAGCCUGCCCCGACGAGCGGGACCCGGGAGACCGCCCCGUCGCCCGCCAGGAGCCUCCUUCCACCCCGGAGCAAACAGUGACAUGUGGAAAGCCUGAGCCGGCUCCCCCUGCCCUCUGCAGCCACCUUCCCGGGGACGCGAUGGACACCGAAGCUGUGCAGCCCCAGGAGGCCUCGCUGACCGUCAAUGAGCAGGUCAUCGUGAUGUCCAGCCACGAGACGAUCCGCGUGCUGGAGGUCGGCGUGGAUGCCCCGCUCCCGGCCGAGGAGGACCGGAAAGCCUUGGAGAUGCCCGCGAGGGAAGUAGCGCGGGGCUCGCCGGGACAGACCGCUGACCCGGCCAGAGAGGACGUCCCGCCCAGCGCCGAGACCGCGGGCAGCGGGGACAUGGCUGGCAAAAGCAAGGCAGCGCCUGGAGCGGCUGCGGCCGCCGGCGCCUUCGGCCAAGCCCCGAGCCAGCAGCCGCAGCCGAUGGCCCCGCUGGCUGUGCAAGCCGCCCCGCAGGUCUUGACUCAGGAAAACUUAGCAACAGUUGUGACAGGAGUAAUGGUUCCAGCAGGGACAGUUACUCAACCUCUUCUUAUCCCCAUCAGUAUUGCAGGUCAAGUGGCAGGUCAGCAGGGGCUGGCUGUGUGGACAUUUCCUACAGCAACGGUCGCUGCCCUUCCCGGACUGACGGCUGCUUCUCCUACAGGGGGAAUUUUCAAACCGCCUAUAGCCAAUUUGCAAGCCGCCGCCGUGCUGAACGCAGCGAUACCAGCGCCGGUGCAGCCCGCCCCGCCGGCGCCGGCCCCGGCGCAGCCCCGGCCCGCCGCGCAGACACCGAGCGCCUUCGCCCCGGCGCCCAGCCAGCAGCCCCCCAUCCUGCCGCAGCCCGCUGCGCCGGCCCUGCCCAAGCCCCUGGAGACGCAGACGCAGAUCACAGUCCAGCCUGCGGGAUUUGCCUUUAACCCUGGCAUAAUCGGCGCGGCCUCGCUCGGGGGCCAGACCCAGCUGCUCGGCUCGCUGGCGGCCGCCCCCGUGAUCGCGAACGCCAUCUCCAGCGUGCAGGGCAUCGCGGGCCAAAUCCUGACCAACGCGCAGGGCCAGGUGAUCGGCACCCUGCCGUGGGUGGUGACCCCCCCGGGGCUGACGGCGGCCGGCCCCGCGGCGGCCGCGCUGCCGGCCCCCAGCCUGCAGGUGCAGGCGGUGACGCCCCAGCUGCUGCUCAACGCCCAGGGCCAGGUCAUCGCCACGCUGGCCAGCGGCACCAUCCAGGCCGCGGCCAUCAAGAAACCCGGCGCCCCCGAGUCCCCGGCCAAGAGCGAGGUCCAGCCCAUCCAGCCGGCCCCGGCUCUGUCCCAGCCGGCCGUGGUACUCGCCAGCCCGGCCGCGGCCGCCAAGCCCUCGUCCGCUCCCGUCCCCAUCACGUGCUCGGAGACUCCCACCGUGAGCCAGCUGGUCUCCAAGGCGCCGGCUGCCAACGCCAGCGCCGACGAGGACGGCAUUAACCUGGAGGAGAUCCGCGAGUUCGCCAAGAACUUCAAGAUCCGCCGCCUGUCCCUCGGCCUGACGCAGACCCAGGUGGGACAAGCUCUGACGGCCACCGAGGGACCUGCCUACAGCCAGUCGGCCAUCUGCAGGUUCGAGAAGCUCGACAUCACCCCCAAGAGCGCCCAGAAGCUGAAGCCGGUGCUGGAGAAGUGGCUGAGCGAAGCGGAGCUGCGCAACCAGGAGGGCCAGCAGAACCUCAUGGAGUUCGUGGGCGGCGAGCCCUCCAAGAAGCGCAAGCGCCGCACCUCCUUCACGCCGCAGGCCAUCGAGGCGCUCAACGCCUACUUCGAGAAGAACGCCCUGCCCACGGGCCAGGAGAUCACCGAGAUCGCCAAGGAGCUCAACUACGACCGCGAGGUCGUCCGCGUUUGGUUCUGCAACCGCCGACAGACGCUCAAAAACACCAGCAAACUCAACGUCUUUCAGAUUCCCUAAAGGGGAGGGGGGGAAAAGAAAAAGAAGAAAAAACAUAUAUAUGGAUAUAUAUAUAUAUAUAUAUAUAUGGGGGAGGGGGAAUCCCGGCCGCUGCCCAGCGCCCGCCCCGGCCACGAGCACUUUGCGCCUGACGGCCCCCGGCUCCCGCGCCGCCGCUGCCCUCCGUCCGUCCCCUUCCCGCGCCGGGGGCCGCGAUUCCCGCGUUUCUGUGUCGGACACCUUCUCCCCGCCGCUGCCCAUUUCUAACCGCCCCCCCCCAACCCCCCCGAGCGAUUUUCGCUUUUACACGGCCGGUUUUGCCCUUUCCGCGGUUUUCCCCGUGUUUGCGAGGCUGAGGCCGGCGUUGCGGCCCGGCGUGCUGCCGGUGAGACCCGGGGUCGGUUCGGCCGCUCUCCGCCGCCGGGAUCGCGCCGGCUCCCGCGCCGGUGUCGCGCUCGCGGAGCCGGGGGCCGGCGGGAGCGUUUGCUGCCGUGCGCCCCCUUCCCCGCCACCGUCCCGGCCCCCCCCCCCCGGCCAAAGCCCUCGAGAGCCCUCGGAGGAGGGCGGCUCCUGCGGCCCGUGGCGGGGACAGACGGACAGACGGACGCCGUUUUGGAGCUCCGGAGCCUCUCGGGUUGGGGGCGGCCUGGCCAGGAGCCCCGGGGCUUCGGCACCGCCGCGCGGGGCUCACCAGGGGCCGGCUCUCGCCGCCGGGGACGCGUCAGACCGAUGCACUUGAUGUAGUGGUGUGAAAUAAACAGUAUUUUUCUUU